GUGCGGGCCGCCCAUCCGUUGGUUGGUUCGUUCGUUCGUUCCUUGUUCAGUUUCACUCGUUUCGGGGUGACGUUAUCGUCUCGGCGAGUUCGCGUGAACUUGCGCUUUUUUCACGGCCAUCGUCUUUAUCUCAUCCGCAUAUCCGGCGGAAUGCACCAGUCUACGUGUAAACGAGUUUUGUUGACUGAGCGAUAAAAAGUUAAAAACGAAGAAAGAUUUUCUCUCUUUUUUCUUCAGCUGAAAAAUACCUACCCCCUCACCCCACGGUGCAAAGUUUCUUUUCGACUUUGGUCAAACAGUCUUUUGCCAACUUAUCUCACCACAAAGCUUCACCUGGGUUUUGCUGCUGCUGCACCUUGCUUUGUACCGUAUCUUAUUGUGAUAUAAACAAUCAUUUUUGGCGCUAUCUUUUUACGCCUGCCCACCAUUUUCCGCUCGAUUUGCCAUCGAUAGAAGGUGACCAACAAUUACUUGGGAAUUUGUGACAUACAAUGCCGUGUUACAUACAUUAGUCGUACACACACACAAGAAGGAGCGUGUGAAACUUUUUGGCGCUCAUCAUUCAGUCGAUUACAUCGAAUGCAUACAACUUCAAUCCACAGGAUAGAAUAGGUCACACAAGUUUUUCGACCACCGUCUUUUGUGUGCGCAAAACACCUCCAUUUUGUCCUUUGUGUGCCACCAUCUCGGGUCCUACAUGUUAAUAGAGGGGUAGAGAGCUGUAAAGAAGAAGAAGAAAAAAAGAGUGGGUGGAUCGAAAAGUCAAGUGUUUCUCAGGCAUUUCUUAUUUCUUUGACAAGCAGCGCCUUUCUCUCUCUCUCUACCCCCCGAGCUACAGGUCUGUAGGGUCUCUCUCUCAGGACUAGGAGCCGCCAGAUUCUGUUCUCUCCCAGUGUCAGUAGGUUCUCUAACUCGGUGGUUGGUGGUUCACUCUGUUCCGACCUCGUGACACUCGUACUACUAUUUAGGACACACUGUUGUUUGUUAUUGUGAGAGACUUUGCGUGUCGAAACUUCCUCUCUACUACCACCACCGGUAUUCACUUCCCUUGACGAUUGGCAAACAGAUUUUCCAGCAGCUCCAGCCCGCACGGACAACCUUCAUUCCCGUCUGCUUCUCUCUUUUUGUGUGUGUUGUUUUCUUCCCAACCUGACGUCAUUCCCACGACCCUGGACUGGAAAACAUUUUGUACGUGUGUGUGUAUGCAUGUAGCAACCCGCUGGAAGAAGUAACCGCCGUUAAUAGCGAAGUUGUUGCUCCAUUGACGCGAAGACCUACCGAGUCGCGGCGCCAAACGAAAUUGAAACAACAAUAACAACCAGUCAGCUAGCCAGUCUAUCCGCCUUGAUUCUCUCACCGUCUCAAGUCGCACAUAAUGCUGCAUGUCGGAGCUCGUUAAGAAGGAAACGAGCUCAACUACAAAUCCGCAUAGACUCCAAGGCGCCUUCCUCGAUUGUUAAUUCGCUCCUUGCGUCUGCUCUGCUGUGUGAGAAAAAACUACAUUCGCAGUCAUGGAGGAUCUCUUGUGUUGCGAAGCUCAAGUCGAUUACGAAUGCCGGGCCUACGCCGAUCCUGUUUUGCUUAAGGACGAAAGAGUCCUGCAGAAUUUACUCUCGUCGGAGGAACGCCACGUCCUUUCUUCAUCCUAUUUCGAUUGCCUCCAGUCUGAGCUGAAACCCCACAUGAGGAAAAUUGUCACCGAAUGGAUGCUGGAGGUUUGCGAAGAGCAGCAAUGCCAACCUGACGUCUACUGGUUGGCCGUCAACUACAUGGAUCGCUUCUUAAGUGUCAGCCCCAUCACCAAGAGCCGUCUACAGUUGCUGGGCGCAGUCUGCCUCUUCCUGGCCUCCAAACUCAAAGAAACGACUCCGCUCACAGCCGAAAAGUUGGUCCUCUACACGGAUCGCUCCAUCAACUACGACGAACUCUGGCAAUGGGAAUUGUUGGUGUUGAGCCGUCUCAAGUGGGACAUUUGCUCCAUCACACCACACGACUUUGUCGACCACCUCAUGACUCGAUUGGAUGUCAGCAAUCCUUGGGGGCCGGUUAGACGGACUGCACACGGCUACAUUGCUUUGUGCGCCCUAGAGUACAAGUUCGCCAUGUGUUCGCCCAGCAUGAUCGCCUCUGCUUGCGUCGUGGCCGCUCUACGAAACGAACUCGAUCCGACCAUGUCCGCCGCUGAUUUGACCGUCAGCGACAUCCUCUCCCAGCUGCAAACCAUCACCAACAUUGAAACCGAAAUCUUGCGAGGUUGUUUCGAACAAGUGGACGAAUUUCUGCGAUCGUUGGCUCCUUCAUCAACGCUAAUGACUUCGUGUGAGGUCCAAUCGAACGCUUCAUUGGGUAUCGUGUCUUGUUCGACCGAGGCCAACAUUCCUUCCAACUCGGCUGCCGCCAUCACUUCAAAAAACGAGCAUGAGAAAGCCGGAACGCCCACCGACGUCCGGGAUAUUCAUUUUUGAAAAAAACGCAACCCACCCGGGAAUGGAUGGAGAAUUUUUUAAAUAUUUCCGUUUGCCGCAAAACGGAGCUCCCUUGUACACAUUUAUUCUAUAUACAUACCAACGAAUUAUUACCUCUUUUUAAAAAAAAUAAAAAAAGACGGGGAUAGUUACGAAAUCCCUGGACCGAGUUUUAAAGGACGAGAAUGUACAAUAAUGUUCCAAUUAAGCAAAAAUACUGCCAUCUUCAUUCCCUUUCCCUGUGCCACACACCACGUCUAUAUAGCUGUCGCUGCUUCGAUCUGUAUUUUGUGUUUACAGAUUGCAGCAGCCCAACCACAAGAGCCGUCGAAUCGACAACAUUUGUCGAAACCUUUUUGAUAAUUCUGCCGUUAUAUCUUCCACUCAGGAAAUCCUCUCGCACAGCACGACCGACACUUUUUCUGCUUCCCGAGUGGUUCCCCCCCCACAUCAGCUCUGUUUUCAAAUCCUAUCAUAUCCUACACUAGUGUAUGGCUUAACAUACAUACAUAAUUACGAUAUAUAUUACGCUAAGCUCUUAAAUAACGAGGUAUUGAUUCUCCCUCGGCCAAAACCCCCCCCCACAUCCUUUUUACCUGCCCCCGUUUGCAAUUUCCCUGGGUGUCCUAGUCACAGACAGCAAUGUUCCAACAUUUUUUAGAAAGAAAAAAAACAAGAGUAAGUGUAUCUGUAAUGUGAGCCAUUGGCCUUUUUUCUUAAUUGUUGUAUAUUAUUCAAUCGCUAAUCUUUUCCCGAGACCAUUCAGUUCACUACUGAAUUUUUGUGAAACUUGUGUGUAAUUUCUCGGUUACCUGAAGAGGUUUACGCUGCACAUUAUAUUAUUCCGUUUCCAGUUUUAUAUUACUGUCAAUCUAAAAGUGAUGGGAAAACUUAAAAAAGAAAAACAUACAAAAAAAUGCUAAUUGGUAAUGUUUGAACGAAAUUUCAUGUUAAAAGUACACUGCACUGGAGUGUCGUACAUAUAUAUCUAUUAUGUUGUGCCGAGACGAGCCGUUUCGUGUUUUUUUUCGUGAAUUUGAUGUGUGUAGUUCGUUUUAGUUGAGUCUUUUGUAUCAUCUUGUGAUCAGGUGAAAACGCUUUUGUGUCAUUUGAUAACGACGUGCAUGUUGUAUCACUGUCACGCCAUUUUUUAAAAAAGAAAAUAUUAAAUCUCCCAAUAUGUUUGCCCGUUUUUUGGUUUUAAAGUACGAGUACAUGCUGGAUGCUACCCGUCCUUUUGAUUGUGUGUAUCCAUGCCAACUUUUCUUUGUAUACUUUCAGGUACAACAAUACAUAUUAUGUAUUCCAAACUAAAA